GCUUUACACACCUCUCUCGACGACGACGAUCAUAGAUGCCCACAGGUGCGAAGGCUCACCCCCACAAGAAUGUACUUGACAUACGACUGGCUGAGUCCGUCGUCUUCCUUCGCGCUGGGGACGCCACCGGCCGGCGGAGAGGUGUCUUGGCUGAUGCACCUCCUGGGAUGGUGCGCGGGCUGCUCGUCUUGAACCUCGCGAAGCCUACGCGCAUCACGAGCAUAGAAAUCGAGCUUGUAGGAAGAACGACUACUGCUUGGCCCGAAGGUGUCGGCGCGAGGCGCAUCGAAAUCUCGGAGGAACAUGACAUCUACUCUCAGUCAUACGUCUUCUUUCGCGCCGCACAUACUCCUGGCCAAAGUUUCCGGCGACAUCUCUCCGUGGGACCUGGACUUGCUCUGGAACACGAAGAUGAAGACCAUUCUGAGCAGUCGAGUAUCGCUCAACACGAAAACAGCCCGGAAGAACGUCGUGGACGUUCGCCGGCCCCACGCGACAGCCUGCAAAACCAGAGUUGGGGUCAUAGACGUCACAUGAGUGUUGAUCAGACCCACUAUCACAGGUCGUUCGUGAGCCAUCACGAUGGCGCCGUUCCUUCCAUCGCAUCCCCUCCCUACUCCCCUCCAUAUACUCCAGUGGACACGCCCGGUUACCUCAGUCCUACGGCUUCCAUCUCACACCGUUCUCCCUUCACCGUUCACGAUGAAUCUCCAGCCAGGAGUCUGGAGGACUUACGUCGAGCCUUGGAGGCGGAGCAACUGAAUGGUUACGCACGCUCCCCCCGCCGUUCAACAUCGAGCAUAUUGUCUCCGCAGGAUUAUGCAGACUCUCGCCGUGUCAGCUUCGAUGACGACCGCGAGUUCCAAGUAGGGAGCAGCACACAUCGUUCCAGCCCAUCUCAGUAUCGCGCGCGGGAUGGACGGACGCCUUCGCGGCAGAGGGACAUGGACGGUGAGGACACGGUGCGCGGCAGGAAGAACAAGCGGUUCACGUUCGCCAGUGCGCUGUUCGAGGCGAUGAAGGACCGUGUACGUUCGCGGUCCCCGCUUGUUGAGCAAGGCCAUGUGCAUCAAGCACACUCCGGCUACACGACUCCUCCGCGAGGCCGCACGCUAGAUCGGACUCUGUCGCACUUGCCGGAGAUAGAUUGCCCUGCGCAUAAGGAGCCUUCAGCACUCGGCCGCAUGGGCGAAGUAUUAGGGUUCGAAGUGGAGGACGGUCGUGAGUAUGGGGAUGGGUGGAAGGAGUUUCGAAAAGGCGUCUACACGUACCCCAUAUCCUUCGCUAUUCCCGCUACCGCUCCUCCGUCGCUCAGCGUCGACUACGGUUCCGUGACUUGGAAGCUGAAGGCAGUGGUCCAUCGCCCUGGCGCGUUCAAGACCAAGUUGACGGCCUCGCAGGACAUCACGGUCGUUGCUACGCCCGGCGAGGAUGACACGGAGGAUUCCGAGAGCAUCAUCGUUGAACGGCAGUGGGAUUCGCAGAUGCAGUACUUGAUCGUCAUCUCCGGACGCAGCUUCGCCAUCGGGGGCACAAUGCCCAUCUCCAUCACCUUCAUGCCUUUCACGAAGAUGAAGGUUCAUCGCAUUUCCGUGAUCGUAGAAGAACGCGUGGACUACUGGACAGGCUUCAAGCGCAUCGCCCGGUCGGACCCUAAUAACAGGAUCACUCUGCUCGCACUGCGACACCCGAAAAAGGAUGGCCCAGCGAUCCUCCCGCUCCUGUCGGACGAUCCAGAUGUCCUGAGGCAGUCCCCCCUUGCCGAGGUUGUCGACUCUGAUCUUGAUCUCGGCGAAGCACUAUCGAGCUACAUGGGUCCCGGGCCGUGGACGAUCAGGAAGGACCUGCAGUUACCGAAGGAGGGAAACGUGUUGCACAUCACGAAUAAGAACAAGCAAAGCAACAUCUCGGUCGGGCAUAUGCUGAAGAUCAUCUUCCGCGUCGAGCGCGGAGACGACCAGGCCUUGGACCCGACGACGGGCAAGCGCAAGUUGUUCGACAUCGUUGUGCAGACUCCCGUCCACAUCCUAUCUCACCUGUGUAACCCCGACUACACAGCCCUUCCACCCUACUCCCGACUCCCCGAUUCGUCCAUCACGUCCGUCAUAACGGACAGAGAUGCAGGCCUUCAAGUCGCACAUGUACCUCUCGUCGUAGCCGACCCAAGCCCGUCUUCCAUAGUCAACCGCCGCUCCGCAUCCGCCACGCCUCCAAUGCAUCGUGAAGUCUACCCUGCCCCUACGCCCCGGCCCGCGCACAUCUCACGUCCGGGCAGCUUUCAACGGCUUCAAAUGGACCACUCCUCCCAUUCGCACUCGAGCACGGACAUCCCGGCGAGUCCCAUCACGACGGUGGGCAGCGCGCCGCUAUCGCGUCGGACGUCGUACCAUGAGCACAAUACCCCGGAGCUCUUCGAGCGGCUCAUAGCGGGCCAGGAGAGCGAGGAGGGCGAGGCGCCACCGUCGUACGAGGCCGUCAUUGAGUCCUCUGUGAGCGAGAGCGAGAGCGGAAGCAGGACACCCCCUCUGGCGACGGUUUCGGAGCACUGAGUCGACUCCGUUUGUAGUGGUGGGACGAGUAUAGCGUGAGUGGCAAUGGCUGGAUGUUCGAAUGGGUUGUUACUUUUGGGCUAGAGUGUCGAACGUGCUCGUAGGUUCACCUUGAAAUGCGGCGAAAUUUGAAGCGAUGUGCAGUUCCAUAUAUUAUGUAUCCUAUCCAUGCGGACCUUCCAUACCUUAGCGUGUCUUGGAGCAAUGACGUCGAGUAUCCUAUAUACAUAUGCCUAUCGUACCGAAGCGGUUCCCCCCGGCUGUUCAAGUUGUCCGCCGGCUUGUAUAGCUUAUAAUGACUAUCCUAAUGCUUCUCACUUCAUGUCGAAGACUCCUUCAUGUACUCGAAUUGCACAUAUCCUCACGCACGGCAGGCACACCAGUCU